CGAGCCAGUUCGCACUUGACAGUGGAGAGUGUGAGUGGAGAUUUAAGUACAAGCACCUCAGAUGGAAGUUUGGUAAAUUUUGCUGUAACAAAUGAACAGGAAUUUAAACCCCAAAUCCCACGAUGUAAUCUUCUACUUCCCAUGAUGUUGGCUCCGCCAGAGUCCCUUCUCAUUUCCUGCAUCCUUAGAGGAAACUUUGCCCAAGCACAUCAGGUGGUGUUAAUGUUUGAGUUGCAGUCAUCAUACUGCUACGGUGAACUGAUCUUUAUGGAACGAUACCAACAGGUGAUCAAUGAACUUGCCAAAGUAGAACAGAAAAUGGAGAACAAAGGCAUAGACAACACCAGUCACAAAUUAAGUGUUGGGAGAUUCACACUUCAAGCAAUUGGUGAUGCUGCAGCAGCAGGUAUGGUGUUUUAUUCCAUUUCUGAUGUUGUUGAGAAGCUGAUUAAUUCAUCUGAGGUUGCCAACUCAGCAUUGCAGGAGGAUUUCUGGAAGAGUAAAGUAAAAAUUGAACCGACCAAUCCUCUGAAUGAGAUUCUGGAGGAUCUCAGUGGUCCUGCUAUGGCUGUCUUUGACCUUGCUUGUACCCAGUGCCAAUUGUGGAAAACCUGUAAACAACUCCUAGAAACUGCAGAAAGGAGGCUUGUGGCUGCCUUUGAGUCCAAAGGCAGAAAGAUCGAUUGUGUUCGUCAUAAUCCAGAUGGAAUCCAAGGUUUUCCUACAAUCCUUCAGCGAAUGACCAAAAUCGUGAACUAUUCUCUCAGCUCACAUGGACAAACCAAAGCCAAGCCUGCUGAGGACAGAAUUGCCAGUCACCUGAACUGCAGUGUGACAGAGCUCUUACUAACAUGUUACCCUGCCCUUUCUGAGGAUUGUGUCACUUUACAGCUCAAUUUAUCAGAGCGACUGGAACAGAUCACACAGAAACUUCAAACAGCAAUAAAGUCUCCUGAUCUAAAAGGAAAUAUACUCAACUGCUUGGAACAAACAAGUUCUCGAUCUCAAGAUCCAGAAGGUCACACCAUCCAAAACCAGAUGAAGCAGCUAGUGAAGAAUCUAGAUCAACGUAUUCAAGAUGUGAUAGAUAAAGAGCAGACAAGAGCAGACUACAUGCGAAGCAUUUUUGAUUACAUUAACACAUUUGCAGCUGUGCUCGUUCGAAGUAUGAACAGAGAUAUGGAUCAAUUUGCAGAGGUAAAAGUAGGAAAUCCCUUCAUAAUUCUGCAACAGACCCCAUCACAACUUUUUGCACAUUUACUUUUCGAGAAACCAACUUCGCCUGACCGGUUAUUCAUGUUGCUGCAGAAGGAAGAAUUGAACUUGAGUGUACAGCAAAUUAUUAUUAGAUGCUGCUGUGAGAGUCUUCCUCUUUGGAAUACCAGGAGAUUCGGCUACCGUCCUACUUUCCUCAGAGAAGUGACUGAACUGAUAAAAGGACAUUCAGAGCGCUGCCUUCCUGAUUUAGGAAUUGUCUUUCCAAGUUCAUUCCAUCUUACAGAAGAAAGUCUGAAAGAUGAAUCUACAGAUUCUUCCUUGGGACCGUAUUCUCUUAUUCCUUCUGCACUGAAUUUCAUCAAGUCUCGUUCAAAGUUGCUCGCGGUUCUUGUCUGUUUAACAGCAACCCAAGGUCAAAGGGCACUUAGGCACAGUCUGUCAUGGAAGGAUCGUUUGAGUGGUCGCACAGAGGCACCCCUUGACAUGGAACAGAUCUCCAAGGAGUGUCAACAGUUAAUGAAGGAAUUUCCAAUCCUUGAGCAUUUUCUUUAUACAAUGGCUGAACCUUUACCCGGAACCCGUGAAGAAACUGCUAGUCUCCAGGACUCUCUGUGUGGUAACCCGUGCACUACCCUUUUGUUUACGGGCCUUCAUUCUGAGGUAGCUGUAAGCACACUGUCUGAAAUCUUCAGGCAAGUCUUGUGUGAUGGUCACUGGCUCAAAGCAUUGAAAAUUCUUGACUUGUAUGUUGAUGAAAAUGAAGAGUUUGAGAAACUGAAGGAUAUCCUGCUCAGCUUUGCAGUUGUAGGAGAGCAAGAAGGUUGGAAAUAUGUGUUCCGCAUAAAAAAUGCUAUUCUAAGGGCUAAACUUGUCCUCCACUGCUCAGAAAAGUGGCCACUUCGUGCUUGUCUUGACGUUCUGUUGUAUUGUCUAAGUGAUCCCAGUACAGAUGACAGGGAAUUUAAGUCCAAUCUACGCAAAAAGAAGGAGGAACUUCAGGUUUAUGAGAAGAUCCUUAACCUGGGAUCUUCAGUACCUUGGUCUGGCUGGCAGGAACUGCGGGCUGCAUCCAGUCAGAAUCCACAGGCUGUAAUGGACAUCAUUUUGCAGGCUGGGGAGUUUGAGCUUUGUGAGUCUUGGGUCCAGCUGCAUCCUGUGCCAAUGCACUUUACAAUGAAGCUCAGACGUGAAUAUCUCCUUCACCUGCUUGAGAAAGGCGAUGGAGAGCGAGCAUUCCAGCUCCUGCAGGGAAUCCAUGAUUCUGACAUGUGCCAAGCUGUAUGUGAGCAGGCUCUGGAUCAGCAUCCAGGACUAGCUGCUUGUCACUUUCUGGCCAAUUACCUUACCACGCACUUUCACAAGAGUCUAUCUGCUGCACGCCACCAUGAAAUUCAAUCCAUGCGCAUUGGAUCAAAGCUUUUACUAAGUCUGCCAGAUUCAGCACGUGAUAUCUAUUCGCAUCUGUCAUCAAACCCAUUGCUGAUGUUGGAGCAGCUACUCAUGAAUAUGAAAGUGGAUUGGGCAUCAGUGGCUGUCCAGACACUUCAUCAACUGCUUAUGGGGCAAGAAGCUGGUUUUGCCAUUGAAGACAUUGAUUGCCUUCUUUCUAAAUAUGCAGCCAAGGCUCUUGAAGUUCCCUUUGCAGUGCGAGAGAAAGCACGAUCAGAUUCUGUAAUCAAUCUCCAAGAUUUGCUCACUCAGAGUGCAGGACCAGAGAAUUUUCCAACAUCAUCAAACCUCGAGAGAACGCCAAGCAUCUGUUCUGGUAACUCCUCUCUUCAAGGACCAACUACCCCUCGAGAAGGAUCUCUUCGAAUGUCUAAAUCAAUCGGUGAAUUUUUUCCUCCAGAAAACCCACCUACCAAGAAAGACUGGAUACCUGACGAUAAGGCAUUGUUUUGCAUGGUCUGUUGGAAGGAAAGGUUUACCAUGUUUAAUCGACGGCAUCACUGCAGGCGUUGUGGGCGUGUUGUUUGCCAGCCCUGUUCUACCAACAAAAUGGUUGUUGAAAACUGCAGAGAGAACCCAGCACGGGUUUGUGACCAAUGUUACAAUUAUUACCAUGGGAAUGAAAAAGUACAACUCGAUCAAAGUGAAGACCCCAUAAGUUGUGAUGGAGAAUUGGAUCUUGCCGUAGCGCUGCAGAUGCCCCGCCAGUCAGAAUUACAUUGGAACCUGACCCUGAACGAAGAAGACAAUGAGAACGAACGCAGUGAGUUUUUCUAUGAGCAGGCUCCAAGUGCUUCCUUGUGUAUUGCUAUCUUGAACCUGCACAGUAAUAGUAUGGAGUGUGGCCAUCAGUUGAUAGAUCACUGCAGCAGACUGUCUCGUGCAUUGACGAAUCCAGAAGUGGAUGCUUGCCUUUUAAUAGAUAUCAUAAAGCAACUUCUUUUCAGUGCUAAAAUGAUGUUUGUGAAAGCAGGAAGGAGCCAAGACCUUGCACUUUGUGACAGCUAUAUCAGCAAGGUGGAUGUAGUGAAGAUUUUAGUUGCUGCAAACUACCAGGAUGUGCCUUCUCUUGAACAAAUCCUUAAGCCUGCAGCCAUCACGAGACUGAGAAAUAAGCUUUUGGAAACCGAAUACUAUGCACUAGCUGUUGAGGUUUCAACGAAGGGUCUACUAGAUCCGAGUGGAGUCUGGCAUGCUUGGGGCUUAGCCUGCCUCAAAGUGGGGAAUCUGUCUGCAGCUCGGGAGAAAUUCACUCGCUGCUUAAAGCCACCAUUCGACCGAAAUCAACUGUCUCUUGGUCCUCCACUCUUGCAAGAAAUAGUGCAGCACCUAGAAACAUCUGUUAAACCAAUCUUGCCUGUGCAGGAUGACGACAUUCUUGCUUCACUGAAAGAAUUGGAGACAGUCCUAAAGGGUGAUGGUGCAAGUUUUGAAAUCACAGGGGAUGGAAAGAUCAAACAAAAGGUCUUCUACCAAGAGUGCUUGUACUACUUGCAAACUUAUGGUACUAAUUUGGCUAUUAUUAGUUUUUAUAUGAGACACAACUGCAUGAGAGAAGCAUUGCAGCACCUACUAGAUAAGGGUUGCCCUGAAGAGGUGUUCAUGCAAGGGAUUUUCAAACCAAGUUAUGAAAGUGGCAAACUGCAUGCUUUGGAAAACUUGCUGGAACAUAUGGAUCCAAGCCUGGAGAAAUGGAGUUGCUAUUUGAUUGCAUCCUGCAAACAUUUGCAAAUGAGGGGUUUCUUCAACAUUCUGUAUGAUCUGCAGCAAUUUAUGAAGGACCACAUGCGAGCAGCUAUGACAUGCAUCAGAUUUUUCAGUCACAAAGCAGAAUCCUAUAAGGAACUUGGAGCCAAUCAAGGUUGGCUGACAGAAGCCAAGGGUCACCUGAAAACAUAUUUGCAAGAAGUGUCCCAACGUAGUUCGUCGAGAAGGAAAAUUACCAGUUCUUUUCGCAAGCAAAUGUCUGCAGCUGAUGUCUCAAGGUACAUGAAUACAAUUGAGCUGCAGAUUGAAGUAACCAAAUUCUUGCAUCGUUGUGAAAACUCGGGGACUUCAAAGAGCUGUGGACCCCCAGCCAGUCUCUUUGGCAAUACCAAAAUGAAGAUGGAAGUUGCGUGCAAGGUUAUUAUCUUGAUGCAUGGAUAUUGGAGGAUAGUUCUGGAAAAUUCAUAA